AUGAACAACUGGCAACUCUCUUUUCUUUCGCCCGUUGAUCUGACGGAUCAUCUUCGGAAGCCGUAUUUGAAUUUUGACAACCGAGAUAAAUCAGUUAGCAAGCUAAUCUUUGAUGAGUACGCCAAUCUUAUUUGGGUGGGAGAUUCUUACGGAAAAGUGUCAUCUUACGAUGCCACGUAUGCGGUCUACACAAGAUAUACUAGUCACAUAGGGUCAGGUCCUGUGAAGGACCUUUUGAGCCAUAUAGAUGGGGUUUUAUCUUUGAGUGAAGAUUCACUGCAUUUCUCCAGUCGACGCGGAGUCACGCGGUUGAAUUUGACAAGCGCUAACAUUGGGCAGUUUAGUGGACUCACCGCGGCAUGCUUUGCUUCCCCUCAGCAGAAUCUUGUUUUCUGUGGUGGCAGUAAUACAGCAAGUGGUCUCCUCACAGUGGACUUACAUAAAGGCGGGUUGUGCUCUGAACUAGACUAUACGUCGAAGAUUAAACUUCUCGAGUCUGAUAAUAAAGUGGUAGCGAUUGGGAAACAGACAGGGUCCGUGGAUAUACUGGACAUCAAUAGCAAUCGCGUCGUUCGAACAUUUCCUGGUCAUUCGAGUACGAUAACUGGCAUGGAUCUGAGAGAUUAUAAUCUAGUCACGGUCGGAAAGUCGAAAAGAUUUAACACACUUUCCUCUGAUCCCUUUGUGAACGUAUACGACCUCAGAAUGAUGAGCCAAUUAGCACCAGUAGCGUUCUCACAGCCAAGCGCGUUCAGAGGAACUGAGAUGGGUGGGGCGGAUUUCGUUCAUUUGCAUCCGGUCUUACCAACAGUUAUGACAGUCGCAUCGACUUCCGGAGGUUUCGAUUUUGUCGACUUAGCAAAUCCCUCUGUGCGAUCCCAAUAUUGCCAUCCCUGCCAGAAUAUAAGCGAGUUUGUCCUUUCACCGAAUGGAGACUACCUUGCCUUUUUGGAGGACGAAAAGAUCAUAAAUUUGUGGAGUCGAACUAAUGGUAUGACUGGUUUUUCCAAUUCAUCUACGACUCUGGAAUUUCCUGAUUUCCCUGAUGAAGCCCAAACGGAUUCUCCAAGAACCGUCGACGACAUGACUUUUCCACUAAGUAGCGUGGGGAUGCCAUACUACAACGAAAAGCUUCUUUCGGCGUGGUCACACUCUAUCUUCAGAUCAGAUGGAACGCUACCACGCAAGGUUGAGUAUUCACUCUCAGGUGGUAAGCAAUAUCGGCCGCGCUCAAUAGCCCCUACGACAGUGACCAGCAAGUUCUCGCUUCUUCCUUACAAUCGAUCUAAGUAUGGUCCCAGAAAUAUUAGUCGACCAUAUCGAUCUCUACGAGAGCGAAGGAAAAAGUUACUGGUCUCUGAUGAAGAUGGUACUGACAAAGCUGAGCUCAUGCGUUACAAGUCUAACAAUGAAUUUGAAGUUCCCCCCGCUUAUUCAAAGCUACAGAUGAUUUACGGAAAAUAUGGGGUAGAAGAUUUCGAUUUUAAGGCAUUUAAUACCACAGCUUUCUCCGGACUUGAAUCUGAUAUCGAUAACUGCUACACUAAUGCUGUGCUGCAGCUAUACAAAUUUGUUCCGGAACUGUACAAUUUUACCAUCGAUAGUUUGCGUGGGGAGGAUUUCGACCAAACUUCAUUACUAGCGCAAAUUGGAUACCUGUAUGAUAUGAUGCAAACAGCGAAUGGAAUCAUUUGCCGGUCAUCUAACUUUCAGGAAGCGAUGGCCUCCAUUCCUGAAGCGGUUGAACACAAUCUGAUAACAGAUUCGAUUGCGGAUUUCACUUUGAGUACAAAAUUGGCAGACAUGAAAAUCAAUGGCGGUAGUGUGCAAUCAGAACGAGGAGAACUACUGCAACAGAGUACUCCCUCUGUGCCACAGCGAUUCAAUGAUUUCUUACUUGGUCGUUUGGUGAGUGAGGAAGUCGAACGGAAAAUCAAUACUACACAAAGUAUUGCUCUAGAAGAACUUUUUGGUAUACAGAUUGAGACCGAGACGCGUUCCUUAUCAACUUGCGGCAGUCGUGAAAGAAACUUCGAGAUUGUUUCAACUCUGGCCAUUAACAGUCCUGCCAGAAACAAUGGAAAAUACUCGCAGAAGAAGUUGACCAAUCAGACCGUCCUUCCAUUUAUUGAGUCAUCCAUGAAUCGCUUCAGUCAAGUGCAGGUCAUGUGCGAGAGAUGCCACAGCUAUGAAACUGUCGAGUGCGAAAAGGCGGUUAGAAACUUGCCGCCACUUCUUUCCCUCAAUCUUUCAUUAACACAAGAAGAAUGGAGUAUCGCGAAACUUGUGAAAAACUGGCUUGUUCCCGAGUUUUAUGCGACGAUUUCGAAAAACCGACCCAUUCUUAAAGUUCACGCCACAGACCUCAAAACCAGUAAAGCGAUAUUCCGAUAUGACUUAAAUGGGUAUGUGGCGAGAAUAUGUGAUGAUUUUUCCGAACCACAUUUGGUAACUUACGUCAAGGUUUAUGACACCAACGCGAAGGUUUUCAAAUGGUAUAUGUUCAAUGAUUUUUUGGUUACAGAGAUAGAAGAACAAGAGGCUUUAAACAUUAACCAUUGGUGGAAAACGCCAGAAAUUUUGAUAUACUCUGAUGUGGAAGAGUUGCAAAAACCAUUCAUUACGGUUUUGAAAUCUAAACUGGACAAAAGUAUUCUAUACCGAGACUUUUUUUCCAAUGCCCGGAGAGAACAAGUCAAAAGAGAGUACAAGCUACUUUCUCAGGCUGAAGUUCCGAAGUGCGGCUCUCUUGUAGCAAUUGAUGCCGAGUUUGUGAUGCUUUCGAGCGAAAAACUCGAAAUCAACUAUAAGGGACAAAAAACGCUCGUAAAGCCAAAGAAAACUGCCCUUGCAAGAGUUUCGGUUUUGAGAGGAGACGAUGGUGAAAAUUUUGGUGUUCCUUUCAUCGAUGAUUAUAUCGAAAACAAAAAUCACAUUGAAAAUUACUUGACGCGUUUUAGUGGUAUCGAACCCGGGGAUUUAGAUCCUGCGACAAGCUGCAAAAGCCUUGUACCGCGUCAAGUGGCCUAUCGCAAGAUAUGGCUGUUGCUCCAACUUGGAUGCGUCUUUGUUGGACAUGGUUUACAGAAUGAUUUUAGGAAUAUCAACAUUCAUGUUCCUCUUAAUCAGAUUAGGGAUACGGCGCUGUACUUUCUGCAAGGUAAACGCUAUUUGGCACUGCGGUAUCUGGCAUACGCGCUUCUCGAUAUUGACGUUCAAAGUGGCAAUCAUGACUCCAUCGAAGACGCCUACACGGCCCUUAUGCUCUACAGAAAAUAUAGAGAAUUGCAGGAGAGGGGACAUUUUGAGCAAGUUCUAACAAAACUUUAUGAAGACGGACGAGCCUGUGGAUUCAGAGCGCCCGAUCUGAAAGCGGUCUAG